GAGGUAGUUUUGAAUUCAACCCCCCCAAAAUGCGCAGAGGUAGUUUUGAAUUCAACCCCCCCAAAAUGCGCAGAGGUAGUUUUGAAUAUCCACGCCCUAAGCUCAGUGAUCUGAGGAUCAUUCUGCUGGGUAAGAGUGUGUCAGAAAACAGUCGUGUGGGAAACUUCCUGUUGGGACGAGCAGCUUUUGACAGUGAAGCUCCUCCAGAUGUUGUAGAGAGAGUCGGAGGAAGAUUGAAGGACAGACAUGUGAUGGUCAUCAACAGUCCUCAGCUGCUCCAGACAAACAUCUCAGAUGAUCAGAUCACACAGACAGUGAGAGAGUGUGUGUCUCUGUCUGAUCCAGGACCUCAUGCUUUCAUACUCGUACUGCAGUAUAAUGACUUCACUGAGGAGGACAUGACAAGAGUGAAAUAUGUGAUGAAGGAAUUCAGUGAAGAGGCGAUCAAACGCACUAUAUUGAUCACAACUGAUGAUGAAGCACAAUAUAUUCAAGGGGUACCUGUGAAAGUUAAUGAAUUAAUUGCAGAAUGUGGAGAAGGACAUCUUCAUUUUAAGGAUCAAAAAAACCUCAACUCUCAGAUUUUAGAAAAAGUAAAGAAUAUACUGAAGGGAAAAGAAUAUCAUGAGACAGCGAAAGAAACACAAAAGCCUGGCUCAUCAGUGGACAGAGAAGACAGCAGAUCUGUGGAGUCUAAUCUCUCAGAGGAUGACCAAACUGAUGAGAGCCAUGAAGAAAAAAGCAGUUUCAGUUUCUCAAGGACCCUAGGCUAUUGGAGCAAAAGAGAGAAAAGUCCUGAUCUUGAUCGUCCUAACAUGUCAAAGAUGAAUCUGGUUGUGUGUGGGAGUGACGGGACAUUAAAAUCCUCCAUAUCAGAGCUGAUCCUGCAGCAGACAGACAGAAGAUCAGAUGUGGAGCUUCAUGGACGUCAGAUCAGUCUGGUGGAGCUUCCAGCUCUCAGUCGGCUCUCAGAGGAGGAAGUGAUGCUUCAGACUCUCCGCUGUGUGUCUCUCUGUGAUCCUGGAGUUCAUGUUUUCCUCCUCAUUAUUCCUGAUACUCCACUUACUGAUGAAGACAAAGCUGAAAUAGAGGUGAUCCAGAAGAUAUUUGACUCCAGAGAGCAUUUCAUGCUGCUAUUCACUUCAGAUCUCCCUGUUGAAGAACCAUUCACACAUUUAAUCAAAUCCAGCCCAGAAUUUCAGAGGUUAAUCAGUCUCUGUGGAGGUCAGUACAGAGUGAUGUGGUUAAAUGAACCUGAAAACUCAAGACAGAUCCCAGAUCUACUGGAUUAUAUAGAGAACAUGAAGACUGAACCAUAUUCACUUCAGAUGUAUGUGAAAGCUCAAGAGAACAGAGCCAGACGUGAAACAGAGGAGAAAUAUAAAGAAGAACUGAAGAGAUUGGAGAAUAAAAUCAAAGAGCAGAUGAUUCAGUCUAAAGGUGCUGAAGUUGAAGCAGAUGAUCAGGAGUGUCUGAGGAUUGUGCUGAUCGGAAGGACGGGAAGUGGAAAGAGUGCAACAGGAAAUACUAUUCUGGGAACAAAUGAGUUUAAAAUUGAAUUAAGCACAGAUUCAGUGACGACUGUUUGUCAGAAGGGAAUUGGUGAAGUUGAUGGUCGAUCAGUAGCUGUUGUUGAUACUCCAGGACUCUUUGACACGACACUGACAAAUGAACUAGUAGUGGAAGAAAUAGUGAAAUGUGUUUCACUGUCAUCACCUGGACCUCAUGUGUUUGUCAUUGUGUUGAGUUUGGGAAGAUUCAUUCAGUUAGAAACAGACACUUUGGAUUUGAUAAAGAAGAUAUUUGGUCCAAAAUCUGCUCAGUUCAGCAUCAUUCUGUUCACUAGAGGAGAUGAUCUUGAGGAGGAGUCUAUAGAAGAUUAUGUGAAGAGAAGUAAGUCUGCAGAACUCAAGAAACUGAUCAGAGAUUGUGGAAACAGAUUCCUGGUUUUCAAUAACAGAGAAAAACGAGACAAAACUCAAGUGACUCAAUUGUUAAACAUGAUAGAAGAGCUGAAAAAUACUAAUAAGGGUCGAUACUUCACUAACAGCAUGUUUGAGGAGGCAGAGAUGUCCAUUAAAAAGAGAAUGGAGGAAAUAAUGAAAGAGAGAGAAAGAGAAAUUCAGACUCAGAAAGAAGAAUUGCAAGCCAAAUACGAGAUGGACAUGAAAGACAUGAUGAAGAGACUCGAGGAAGAGAAACAAAGAGCAGAUGAGGAGAGAAAGAAAAUUGAGAAUCAUUUCAGAGAAAAAGAGGAAAAACUCAGAAAAGAGUUUGAAGAGAAAGAGAAAACAGAACAAAUGAAACGAGAGAUUGAAAACCAGAAACGAUCAGAAGAGGAAAAACAGAAAAGAGCUGAAUAUUAUCAGAAAAUAGAAGAAAUGAAGAGAGAGAUUGAAAAACAGAGAUCACAGUAUGAAAAACAACAAAAAGAAAGAGAAGAACAUGAUAGAAAGAGAGAAGAGAAAUAUGGACAAGAUAAAGAAAAGAUGAAAAAUGAACAAGAACGCAUUAUAGCAGAGUUACGAAUGAAACAAGAAGAAGAAAUGAAAAAGAGAGAAACUGAGAAUCAAAGAAGGAAUGAAGAAGAGGAGAAGGAGAGACAAAAAUGGGAAAGAAAAACAAAAGAGGCUGAAAAUGACAGAAAAGAGAUCCAAGAGGAUAUUAAACGACAGCAGAGAGAAUGGGAGGAUGAAAAGAAACGACAGAUGAGAGAACGAGAAGUAGAUGAAAUAAAGAGAAAAGAGAAACAUGAGGAACAGUUGAGAGAAAAACAAGAAGAACUGGAGAAAAUGAGAAAGAGAUUUGAAAGAGAGCGAGAAGAAGAAAGACAGAAGAUAGAGGAGGAGAGGCAGAAACAAAGAAGAGAGAGAGAACAAAAAGAGAGAGAAUAUGAAGAAAAGAAAACUGAAAUGAAAAGAUAUUACGAAAGACUGGAGCGAGAGAGAAAAGAGGAGUGGGAGAGAAGAAAACGAGAAGAUGAAGAGAGACGAGAAGAAGAGAGAAAGAGGUGGAAGAAAAUGAUUGAAGAUCUGAAACAAGAGCAAGAAGAAGAGAUCAAGAGAAGAGAAACAGAGGAGAAGGAGAGAAAAGAAAGAGAAGAGAAAAUGCAAGAGAAAAUGAAAAAGGAAUAUGAACAGGUAAUUGAAGUCAUGAAGAAGAAACAUGAAGAUGAAGCCAGAAAACAAGCAGAAGAAUCAAAUGAUUUUAGAGAGAGAAAAGAGCAGCACGUUCAAGAGCUCAAAGAGAUGCUGGAAGAACAUCAGAAACAACAUAAACUCCUGGAAAAACUCUAUAAUCACCUGCAGCUCCAGAAAGAAGGAGAAAUAAAAGAGCUGCAAAAACAGGUUGAAAAACUGAAUAAACACCUACAAGUCAAGAAAGAAAAAGACAUAAAAGAGCUACAAAAACAAGUAGAAAAACUGAAUGAACACUUGCAAGCCCAGAAAGGAGAAAAACUAAAAGAGCUUCAACAAGAAGUUGAAAGACUCUAUGAGUGCCUGCAAGUCCAGAAAGUAGAUGAAAUAAAAGAGCUGCAAAAAGAAUUUAAAAAACUAAAUGAACACCUGCAAGUACAGAAAGAAGAAAAACUAAAAGAGCUGCAAAAAGAAGUUAACAGUCUGGAAAAUAAAACAAGAUGUGUCAUGUUUUAACUGUUUUCAUAUAGCAUCAAAUUAUAAUUAAUGAAUAAUUUGAUUUUUGUAUAAACCACAGUAGCACUUUUUUAGGAUUUUAACUCUUUCACACAUAAGUUCAUUCUGUCUGAGCCCCCAGUGUGAGUUUUUCAAGACGACCGUUAUUUAGAAUACAUCACUUUAUUGUUUCCAUGGUGACGCGUCAUCGCUUGUUACGUGACACACCGCAGCCACAAUAGUGCUGCAUGACUGAUGAUCUGCUUUUAUUACAUUUUUACUUUUUAUUCAAACAUUCACAAAUUUGUCAGCUAUAGCAUGAAAAUCUGAUAUUCCCAUUGUCAAAUAUGUGCAAGUGGAUGUGUUUUGCUGUUUAAACACCUUUAUAACGAUCACGUUAUUUGAGCUAUGGGCGUCGCCAUGUUUGCUCAGCAGGGCUCUGUUGGAUUUACAACACGUGAAUUCAUCCACCUCUCCUGAAGUACAUGAAAGUAAGUGAGUCGGUGAACUGGGAAAACUAUAGCAUUAACUUUAAAGUUACAUAUGUAUCUGAUAUGAAUCAAACAUGUCAUCUAAUUAUAAUGGAAAGGACUGCUGCUUCCAUAGACAUAACAAGUGUGUAUUUUACAAACUCUAAAUUGUAUUGUUUUGUAUUUAAAUGUGUAUUUAAAUGUCUGAAACCUAAAAUAAACAUUAUGUGGUUGAAAACACUGUAUAUUUGUGAUAUGAAAAGCGCCGAGCGUGUCCGGCUCUGAUUCAAGCCCUGGGUAUACUUCACUUUUCCCUGCCCAGACGCGUCUUGCGCAUCUUUCCAAGUAUAUGAAACCACAGAUGCGCGCGGAUGACUGAGUUCGACACAUGCGCAGUACAAUUUUUUCUAUAAUUUUACCAGACAUCGUGUCAUCAACUGGAAAUUUGCUGGGCAGGAUUGGA